ACAUGAACAGUUCUUCAAUCAAGGGGGUGGGGAAAUCACAGCAUGACUCAGCAAACAGAGAGGCUAAAGUUAUCUUUAAAGAAUCCCGGCUCGGAUUCCAGCACCUGCUGAAUUUUUGUUCCUUCUGUGGCAAUCUUAAAAGAUAAUGGAACACUCGAGGCCUUGACCCCGGCAAAACCUCGUGAAUCUGCACCUCAGCAACCUUUAGACCAACUACCACGGUUGUGGUUAACGGUACGGCGCACACACGUCCACAAAGACCGGCAGCAGAACUCCGUCCGUCACACUGCACUUUGCCAGAGAAGAAAAGUGAUUGGAUCUCACAUGAGAUUCCAGAGCUGCAAUCUUAAAAGAGAAUGGCCAAGAAGACGAAUAAACAUAUUUCCGAAUCCAGCAAUAGCACAAAGGCUGAAAAGGAGCCCGUGGAGAAGAAUGGAGUGAUCGGCUUGACCUACAGAAAUUUCACAGAGGACAAGGAGUCCUGGUACCUGAAAACCACCAGGAUGAUUUCUUCGGAGCUUUAUCUGCGUCCUGACUUGGACCACACGGAGGACGAAAAGACUUUUUGCCGGAAAUAUUCCCCGAGUUUAAAAACGAUGAUUCCCAUCCGCUUGAAAAAAAGAUCUGCCAGUCCGGUGGAUGAUGCAGGGCUGGUCUCAUUCGCAACGUUCUCCUGGAUUUCAUUCAUAAUGAUGAAGGGAAGCAAACACAAUAUCAACGUGGACACUUUACCUCCAUUAUCGUAUUACGACAGUUCGGAGCCGAACGCCAAAAGGUUUCGACUCCUCUGGGAAGCCGAGCUGGCAAAAUACGGACCAGAGAAAGCAUCUCUCGGCCGAGUCGCUUUUCAGUUCCAGAGGACCCGGAUUUUGACAGACCUCCUGGCAAACUGCAUUUGCAUCAUUUUUUGUGCUUUAGGACCGACCGUACUCAUCCAUAACAUCCUCCAGCACAGCGAAAGCGGCUCCACGGACGUGCUAAAGGGGAUCGGCCUCUGCAUAGCGCUGUUUCUCGCAGAGCUCACCAAAGCAAUUUUCUGGGCAUUGACCUGGGCUAUCAACUACCGCACCGCUAUGAGGUUAAAAGUCGCUGUGUCCACUGUGGCCUUUGAGAACCUGCUGGCGUUUAAAACUUUGUCCCACAUUUCCGUUGGAGAAGUGAUCAAUUUGUUAGCUAACGACGGCUAUCGGAUGUUCGAAGCGGCCUUGUUUUGUCCCCUGCCAAUCUCCGUGCCGGUGCUGAUGGUCGCGUGUGCCAUCUAUUCGUGCCUUAUCCUUGGUCCCACAGCGCUCGUUGGACUGUUGGUUUACAUUCUGUUUGCUCCUUUACAGAUGCUGAUGGCUAAGCUCACGUCCCUAUUCCGGAGAGCUGCCAUUUUGGUGACCGACCAACGAGUGAGGAUAAUGAGCGAGAUUCUGACUUGCAUCAAGCUGAUCAAGAUGUAUGCUUGGGAAAUGUCCUUUGCAAAAGCUGUCAGAGGCAUCAGGAAAGCAGAAAAGAAAAUAUUAGAAAAAGCAGGAUAUGUCCAGAGUGUGAAUUCCUCCCUUGCGCCAAUCGUAUCUACCCUGGCCAUUGUCAUGACCUUUAUCUUCCACACCCUUUUGAAACGAGAACUGACAGCCUCUGUGGCUUUCAGUGUGAUUGCAAUGCUGAACGUAAUGAAGUUUUUGAUUGCCAUCUUACCUUUCUCUGUGAAGGCGGCAGCCGAAGCCAAAGUUUCUCUUAAAAGACUGAAGAAAAUCCUCAUCACUGAAAUCCCUCCUUCCUACGUGACGAAACUGAAUGACUCCAAAAACGCCAUCCUGCUGGAAAAUGCCACGCUGUCCUGGAAACGUCCGAAUGAAGGUACUGCUGAGUCCGGCGAGAUGACCCUGGCUAAUGGGAACGGCGCCUAUAAGCACCAACCCUGCCCGGAACGUGUCCUUUCCCACUCUCAGAUAUCGAUUCGAGAAGCCAAGGAGACGAAUGACGGCCUGACCUUGCGCAAGAUCUGUUUUGCCGUCAAGAAAGGCCAGGUGUUGGGGAUUUGUGGAAACGUUGGAAGCGGGAAGAGCUCGCUCAUCUCAGCAAUACUAGGACAGAUGCACCUGCAUCAAGGGACAGUGGCCAUGGACGGGACUUUGGCUUAUGUGUCUCAACAGGCGUGGAUCUUUCAUGGGAGUGUCCGAGAAAACAUCCUGUUUGGAGAACCGUUUGAGGAGCAAAGGUACAGUUACGCUAUCAGCGUUUGCAGCCUGAAGUCAGAUUUGGCCAUCCUUCCAUAUGGAGAUAUGACUGAAAUAGGCGAAAGGGGGCUUAACCUUUCCGGAGGUCAGAAGCAGCGAAUCAGCUUAGCUCGCGCCGUGUACGCCAACAGAGACAUUUACCUGCUGGAUGACCCUUUGUCAGCGGUGGAUGCCCACGUGGGGAAGAACAUUUUUGAAAGAUGCAUCAAAGAAGCCCUGAAAGGGAGGACAGUGCUCUUGGUGACUCAUCAGCUGCAGUAUCUAGAGUUCUGUGAUGAAAUCGUAUUGCUAGAAGACGGAGAAAUACGUGAAAGCGGAACCCACACAAAGCUGAUGGAAGCGAAAGGGCGCUACGCUCACCUCAUCCAGAAUCUGCACCUAGAGGAAACCACACCUCCAAGCAGCGAUUACAAAUUGAUUUCACAUUCCGUGACCGGAAAGCCAGAGGAAGUUCAGGUUAAUGCCCCGGAAACAAACGGCAAAGGAGUUGACAAUCCUGUCUUUGAUAUGCCCGAUGAAACAACGCCGGAAUCCCAGAAGAACCCUGAAGACCGAAAAGACCCAGCGGCUCCCGCCAACCAGCUUGUUCAGGAGGAGCAAAAGCGAGAAGGCUCCGUGUCGUGGAAAACCUAUCACACUUACAUUAAGGCAUCCGGAGGUUUCAUUUUAUCGUUCUUCAUGGUGCUGCUCUUCGCGCUGAUGAUAGGCUGUUCGGCAUUCAGCAGCUGGUGGCUGAGUUUCUGGCUGGAGCAGGGCUCAGGGGCCAACUGCAGCACGGCAGUGAACGCAACCUGUAACGCAGGGAGCAUAACCGAAAAUCCCAACCUGCACUUCUAUCAGCUGAUCUAUGGAAUGAGCAUGGUGUCCAUGAUCGUCCUGAGCAUCAUCAAAGGCUUCGUCUUCACUAAGACGACGCUGAAAGCUUCGUCGACGCUACACAAUACCAUGUUUCACAAGAUCUUGCAGAGUCCAAUGAGCUUCUUCGACACAACUCCCACCGGCAGACUCAUGAACCGGUUUUCAAAGGAUAUGGACGAGCUGGACGUGAGGCUCCCGUUUCACGCGGAGAAUUUCCUGCAGCAGUUUUGCAUGGUGCUCUCCAUCCUCGUCAUCAUUGCUGUUGUGUUUCCCAUCCUCCUCAUUGUUGUGGCUGUCCUGAUGAUUAUUUUCAUCCUUCUCUUCCAGAUUUUUCAGAAGGCCAUCCGGAAACUGAAACGUGUGGAAAACCUGAGCAGGUCUCCAUGGUUCUCUCUGAUAACAUCUUCAGUCCAAGGCCUUAGCACGAUUCACGCCUACAACAAGAAGGAUGAUUACAUUGCUCGAUUUAAAGAGCUGAACGAUGAGAACUCAGGCCAUUUCAUGCUGUUUAACUGUGCACUGCGGUGGUUUGCAGUAAGGACAGAUAUCCUCAUGAACAUUGUGACUCUGAGUGUAGCUCUCUUUGUUGUUCUCUCCCCUUCUUCCAUCAGCGCCGCAGCAAAAGGCUUGGCUUUGUCUUAUAUUAUUCAGUUAAGUGGGCUCCUUCAAGUGUGUGUAAGAACAGGAACCGAGACUGAAGCUAAAUUUACGUCCGUUGAGCAGAUCAUGGAAUAUAUCACGAACUGUGUUCCUGAGGAGAAGGAGGGUGCCAAAUUUGUCACCCCUCCCCCAAGCUGGCCAGAUCAGGGAGAAAUCACGUUUCGAGGAUAUCACAUGAAAUACAGAGAAAACAGCCCCUUGGUUCUCGUUGAUGUAAAUCUGAGCAUUCGCGCCCGAGAGAAAAUCGGGAUAGUCGGCCGGACAGGCUCCGGUAAAUCGUCCUUAGGAGUAGCCCUGUUUCGACUUGUGGAACCCACCGCCGGCACCAUCCUGAUCGACAGGGUCGACAUCUGCACCAUAAGUUUGGAAUCUCUCCGGACGAAGCUUUCGAUCAUUCCUCAAGAUCCCGUUCUGUUUGUAGGUACAGUAAGGUACAACUUAGAUCCUUUUAACAACUACACAGAUGAGCAGAUCUGGCAAGCUCUGGACCGAACAUUUAUGCAAAACACAGUUUCCAAAUUGCCAGGAAAGCUUCAGGCAGAAGUUGUCGAGAACGGAGAAAAUUUCUCCGUGGGGGAACGGCAGCUCCUCUGCAUGGCGAGAGCACUCCUUCGGAAUUCCAGGAUCAUCCUUCUGGAUGAGGCCACAGCUUCCAUUGACUCCGAGACAGACACGAAGAUUCAGCAGACCAUCCAAGAAGCUUUCCGGAACUGUACGGUCUUGACCAUCGCUCACCGUAUAAACACCGUCCUCGAAUGCGACCGCAUUUUGGUUAUGGACAAUGGAAAGGUAUGUGAGUUCGGCAAGCCAGAGGAGCUCCUGCAAAAUCCCGAUUCUGCAUUUUUAUCGCUUUUGGUCGCCACAAACAAAGUCGCAUCGUAGAACAAGGAAAGGUAUAUUCGCCGUUUGCUUUUUGGCCCUAUGGAUAACGUGGCGGAGAAGAGAAAAUGGCAGGGGGGGAAACCACAUUAACAUCCAGAUCACCGAGGUCCAUCAACAAAGAAAUAUAAUAAGCAUCAUAGAGAGUCAUGUCUACGAGGGACUUUGGAGACUUGGUACAAUUCUGGCCAUUCAAAGGAAGAGUGGAAAGAGGAAAACAGGAAGGUGGAAAGAGGAAAACAGGAAGGGGCGGGCCGAUAUACACAUCAACGGACCACUGAUUUUGUAUCACGUUCAAAGUCUUUUAAAAUAGCUUCUACUAUGGAGAAGCAAACUUGGUAAAAUGGCUGUUCAGUCAGUAAAUAUUCCAUCGUCUCAAAUUCUUAGCACCUAAGAAGAGUGAAGUAUUUCUAUUCUGGCAUGAAUAAAUGACAUGAAGCUCA